UUCUUACUUCCUACAAAAAACAUGCAGGUGCAAAUGGCAGAUACAAAUCACUCCACAGUGACUGAGUUCAUCCUUGCUGGAUUAACAGACAAACCAGAGUUGCAGCUGCCCCUGUUUCUCCUCUUCCUUGGAAUCUACCUGUUUACGGUACUGGGGAACCUGGGCAUGAUCAUCCUGAUCCUUCUCAGCUCGCACCUGCACACCCCCAUGUACUUCUUCCUCAGUAGCCUCUCCUUCAUUGACCUCUGUUACUCCACUGUUAUUACCCCGAAGAUGCUGGUGAACUUUGUGGCAAAGAAGAAUGUCAUCUCCUAUGAGGAAUGUAUGACUCAGCUCUAUUUCUUCCUGGCUUUUGUUAUAUCUGAGUGUCAUAUGUUGGCUGCAAUGGCAUAUGACCGCUAUGUUGCCAUUUGUAAUCCCUUGCUUUACAAUGUCACUAUGUCUUACCAAAUCUGUUCCUGGAUGGUAGGUGGGGUAUAUGGCAUGGGUUUAAUUGGUGCAGCAGUUCAUACUCUCUGCAUGCUAAGAGUGGUUUUCUGUAAGGUUAAUAUAAUAAACCAUUACUUCUGUGAUCUUUUCCCAUUGAUGGAGCUUGCCUGCUCCAGUACUUAUGUCAAUGAGGUAGUACUCCUGUGUCUCAGUGCUUUCAAUAUCUUUAUUCCAACAUUGACUAUCUUGGGUUCUUACAUCUUCAUCAUCAUUAGUAUCCUCCGUAUCAAAUCCACGGAAGGCAGAUUCAAAGCCUUCAGCACAUGUAGCUCCCACUUCUCUGCUGUUUCUGUCUUCUUUGGUUCCCUGGCAUUCAUGUAUCUGCAGCCCUUCUCUGUAAGCUCCAAAGACAAAGGCAAAGUGUCCUCUGUGUUUUACACUACUAUUGUGCCCAUGCUGAACCCCAUGAUCUAUAGCCUGAGAAAUAGGGAUGUUAAACUUGCUCUAAAUAAGUUAUUUCAAAAGAAAUUCCAUGUGUAA